AUGAGCCAAGAGAAUAUUAAAAUAUUUGAGAGUGACUUGUCAGAGGAGAGACAGAAGCGACAGCAGCUGGCGUCUGCCUUUCUUACUAUUCAGAAGUCCUUGAGAGUGGACAGUGAGGAAUUCCAAAAAUCAAAGUCAGAACUCCUGUGCCUUUAUAAGGAGAUCCAAACUCUUCCACGGGCCGAGGGCAGAGACCAGUUUUUAGUGGCAUAUAACCUGCUACAGAGAGAGAAUUCUGAGUUAGAAGCCAAGGUCUUGAAGUUUUCACAAGAAUUGGAACAGUUAAAAUAUUGCUCUGUAGGGGACAGAACUGCUAAUUUAAUGACAAGCAAGGACCUCUAUGAAGAUCUGGUGUCUAAAGUGCCACCUUUGGAAGUAGAGGUUCUGAGCCCAAGUGAAGAAAGACAGGCACUCUGUUCCAAACUAGGAGAAAGUAAGCAGGAAGAAAUGCCAGAGGAGUCAGUGAAGGCGGCCACUUCCCCAAGAGAGAGGCGGGAGGAGCCACAGCAGAAUGGAGACUGGAGAGGCCAUGUGCAGCUGUUGGCCACGGAGCGCAGAGAAGUUGGGAGGCUUGGAGAGGAGCUGAGCCUCCAGCCUCAGAGCUGUGGGGAUAGUUCCGAUGACAGUAGCACCCAGUACCUAACAUCUGGAGAGAAAGCGAACUGCCAGCACCACGGGGAAGUGCAGCAGCUGCGACAGAACCUGCACCGCCUGCAGGUCCUGUGCAACUCGGCUGAAAAGGAGCUGCGCUACGAGCGGGGCAGGAGCUCGGACUUCAAACAGCACAACAGUUUGCUACAGGAGGAGAACAUCAAGAUCAAAAUCGAACUCAAGCAGGCCCAGGAGAAGUUGCUGGACAGUGCCAGGAUGCAGUCCUCGCUCACAGCGGAGUGGAAGCACUGUCAGCAGAAAGUCAAGGAGCUGGAGCUGGAAGGGCUUCGGCAGGCUCAGAGCAUUAAAUCCCAGCAGAGCCUGCAGGAAAAGCUGGCUCGAGAGCAGUUGAAGGCGGCCGAUGCACAGGAGAAGAUUUUGGACCUGCAGCAGAAAUUAGACCAUGCUCGACAAGUCUGCCUUUCAGAUGCUUGUCUUCUGCAUAAGAAACAGCUAGAGGAGGAGAUCAAGGAAGCAAGGAGCAGUGAGGCUAGGCUGCAGCAGCAGUGUCAGGAGGAGCAGCGGAGGAGGGUACUCCUGGACCAGGACAUAAAUGAGCUCCAGAAACAAGUGAGAACCUUGCAGGAGAAGGAGGACCAGCUGGAAGCAAGCAAUUCCCAGCAGCGAGAGGCUCUCCGCAAGCAGCUGGAAAACGAGAGCAGAAAGUGUGAAGAGUAUGUCAAGAGCAACCAGGAACUGUCAGAGAAGCUAUCAAAGUUACAGCAAGAAAAGGAUGCUCUCUGGCAAGAACACGGGCGGUUUUUGGAGCAACUUGGUGAGCAUGUGAGAAACUACAAAGACAAACACCACUGCCACAAAGCCAAGCUUCAAAAGGUCAAGGACCAUCUAACCCAUGAGUUAGAAAUACGAAAUAAGAGGAUUAAAGAACUCGAAGAUGAAACUGGGAAACUGCAGCAAAAGAUUGAACUGGAGAAGGAGUUCCAGGGCCAGAUCAUGACCCAAAAUGACAUCCUCCUCCUGGAAAAGAGGAAACUGCUAGAACAAGUCACAAAUCAAGAGGAACUGAUCUGCAGCAAUAAGUCCACAAUCUCUGCAAUCCAGAGCAAGGCAUUUUUACUGGAUAAAGAAAACCAGCAACUGCAGGAAAACUGUCUCCGGCUCAUGCAGCAAAUCAGUCUCUUAGAACGCAUUAUAAGGAGCAUCCAGAUUCGCAGAGCGGAAGAAACGAUAAUCAGCGGCAACGCUGCUUUUGAAAUACUCAAAAAGAUACUACCUUUGCAGAGCUCCAGUUUCUCAGGAACAGGUUUGGUAUUGACAGCUGAAAAUCUCCAGGAGACUGAACUACAUAAAUCAGAAGGAACCACAGCAAUCCCCAAGUCCCCUGAACCUCUUUCAUGUUCACAGAAUUCUGAAGGUGGAUAUAUAAAUGUGACUUCUCUAAAAGAGUCAUACAACAUGCAAGGGGACCAAAAGUCGGGACUGUGA